UGCCGGAUCCGUCACGGAUCCCACCAGACAAAAACACAAGCCGAAGAACCAACACACAGAAGCACUUUAACGUUCCUAGUAAGAAUCCAUUAAAGCACUGCCUUCCCAAAAGUUGCUACUUGCUAUUAUAUGAGAUAGUAUGACGCACUUUGACUAGAUUUAUGUAGUUAAAACAACCUGCCAAAAACUAACACAUUCAUAAAAAGAAAUAUUCUCCCUGCUACUACAGAGGAAGGAUGCUCCAUCGAAAGGGAUCAAGGAGACAAAUUGAUAGGUCCACCAGGGAAGCUCAAAUUGAUAGAAUGGUAAAAUCCUUUGGCACAGAAUUUGCUCCAUCAGCUCAGACUGCACCAAAAUGGAGCAUCUAUAAAGUUCCGUUGAGACUGCGACGGGCUAAUCCAGAUGCAUAUACUCCCCAUCUUGUCUCUAUUGGCCCUUUUCAUCAUGGAAAAAACAACCUCCUAGCCAUGGAUGAUCAAAAGAAGCAAUACAUGUUAGCGCUUUUUGCAAGAACAAGUGACAAAUCCAAAGCUCUGAAGGCCUGCACAGCUGUAGUUUUCGACCUCGAAGUUGAAGCUCGAAACUGCUAUGCUGGUGGAAUCCCUUACGACGAGUACCAUCUGGCAGAAAUUCUCCUGACUGAUGGGUGCUUCAUUCUUGAGCUCUUCAUACGAUCCUACGUAAGACAGUUUGUCAGGACCAAGUUGCAAGAUCGGAUUUUACCCUUAUUCCAGAGUACAACUCAAAAUACUUGGUUGGCAAAUGAUCCCAUUUUUCAGUCAGAGUGGCUAGUCUCCACUGUGCAGCGAGAUCUUGCAUUACUAGAAAACCAAAUCCCCUUUUUUGUUCUUCAGAAUUUGUUCGACACCUUAUUAGGACAGUGGCAUACCCAACUGCCUUAUGAUUUCCUUGCUGGUCUUGCAUUUGAUUUCUUUAAACCUGCUUUGCACUCGCGAAGAAUGGUCUGCCGGCUUCAUCAUCCCCUGCAUCGGAAACACAUUGUUAAUCUGUUGUUGAAUUUUUAUCUCCCUUCCUCCCCAAGAACAGCAGCACGGAAAGUGCGAGUUCAAGUGCAAGGCACUGCUUUUUUACACAAUGCAACUAAGCUGACAGAAGCAGGAAUACAGUUGAAGAGGGCAACCUCCCGGAACUUGUUCGAUUUCAAAUUUGAGGAUCGGGUACUUGAAAUUCCACCACUGCGCAUUCAUGAAUGGACUGAUUCGCUCUUCAGGAAUCUUAUGGCUUUUGAGCAUUGUUGUCCAGGUAAUCAGCAGCAGUACAUGGCCUCUUAUAUGUUUCUCAUGGAUCGUCUCAUUGAUUCUAAGCAGGAUGUGGAAUUGCUCGAGAAUGAGGGCAUCAUCAUUAAUGAGCUCGGAGGCGGAGUAUAUAUCGUUAAUUUCUUCAGAAACAUAUGCAAGCAAGUGGUGGUGCGGGACUUCUACUUCGCAGCAUUGUGCCAAGAGGUGGAGCAAUCUUACCAGUCCCUGUGGGGGAGGAACUGGCAAGAUAUCAGACGCCAACACUUUGAUACCCCUUUGAAGAUCAUAACUUGGGUUGUGGGAUUUGUGGUCGUUACUGCAACAAUAUUACAGACAAUCUACAGCGCUCUUCAGUAUCAUCAGCAAAAAUAACAUCUUGUCUUAUUAUUUAAUAGUCGCUCUUGUGUGCAAAAAUUGAACAACGAAUUCCUCAACAUUACUUGUUUCUAUAAAUCAUAGCGAAGUAAAAUGCAGCAAUUGUUAUCUCGUCA